UUUAACAUAGUAAAUUUUAAUUAUAAAAAUAAGUAAAGCAGGCAAUACAGAGGGGAAAAAUAAAACUGUAGUUGCCAAUUUAUUUGAGAGUUAAAUGUUCCUGUUACUUUGACAUUAUGUCUAAAAACGGAACUCAAAUGACUAAGCAUAUUGAAAAAUGUCAAAAAUGUCCUGAUGAAGUAAAAAGUCUGUAUGCAAAUAAAUCAGGUUAUAGUCAAAAACAGCAAGACUCUCCUGCAGAUGCUGAACAAAAAACAAAAAAUCCACAAUCAGAUUCUUUUGGAACAUCCUUUUUUGAAUCAAUUUGUAGAAGUAAAAUACCAAGUUCUGUGUUUGACAGCAUGACAAAAACUGAAAAGGAAUUGAUUGAUACACACCUAGCCAGAGCAAUAUAUGCCAGUGGAUCACCACUCCAUAUAGUAGAAUAUAAUUAUUGGAAAAUCUUUUUGAACAAGUUAUGUCCUGCUUAUAAGCUUCGGUAAAGACAUGAAGUGUCAAAUGUAUUAUUAGAUAAUGAAUUUUCAUGGAUAUUGCUUGACAAUGUUGCUUGACAAUUAUUUAGUUAAUAAACAGAUCAUAUUUGUUUAUAUGCUGUUUCUUCUUUACAAAAAUGAAGCUAUCAUUAACUUUGUAUUGACAUUGCCUUCUUCGUCACCAUUUUGUGGAAGACAUUGCC